UUGGGCUUUCUAUAAAUCUCCAACUUUCCUUUCAUGUGCAUCCUCUCCUUUGUUGCAGAUCAGUAACAUACAUACCCUUACCAAAAGAAAUAGUCAAAAUGGUGUCCUUAAGUUUUAGUUCUUUUAUGCUUGUUCUGUUUUUCAUUUUCCCAGCCAUAAAGGUUUCAAUUGCUCAUACUGACCAAGCUAAGCAAACCUUUGUUAUGGUCCGUGAAGCAGAAAAUGGUUUUGCCAUGGAACUAGCUAGGAGUCAUCAGAGUGUGGAGAAGGUAUUACUCAAUACUAGAAGAAUGGAUGGAAGAAAAAUGUUGAUAGAAAGAAGGAAUAUGAAGAAAGUGGAAGGUAGCAUCAAGACAGAGGAAGAUUCAAAGAAUUCAGGAAACAACAUUGGUUCAGCCAAUCCAAUUGGUAACUCACGAAAGAACUUACAUCAUCAGGAUCAGUGUGAUAAUGGUGAGUCUUUGAACAUGAUGAACAAGGACUAUAGUGGAGGUCCAGGAUCAGGAAGCAAACCCCGUCACAAACCUCCAAUCAACAAUUACCAGCCUUUCCACGGAUCAAAUCCUUGAAAACCAAAAUAAUUUUUUUGUUUUACCUCCACAAAUUUUUGCCAUAGGAAACUAGAUACUAACCCAGUUUUGCUUUGUUUGUAACAUGUGCCUUGUAUUAACAUCGACAUAUUGUAAUAGUUUUGUCUUUUUUAGCUCGUGAGAUGUGCUAAUAUGUAGUUAAUAAAAUGCUAGGAUCAGUGUUUUGAUUCGUUAA